CCUCAUCAUGAUAGCGUUGAGGUGUGGCCUUCAUCUUCUGCAGUGGCCGUAUUGAUGGGCAUAGUCAGCCUUGCCUGCAGAUAGACUCGGCAAAGUGCAGCAGCCGAUAGGCUCGGCGAAGCGCAGCCAGGCUCGCGAAAGCGCAGCAGCAGAUAGGCUCGGCGAAACGCAGAUAACAGGCAUGGAAGUGGCUCGAUGGAGGGUAGACGCAGGGCUGGAGCCGACUCUUUCUGCACGGGGGCCUUAUGACGGGGCUGCGCGGAAAUUAACUAAUUACAAUUUCGGAGUUGAGGCCGCCGUAGGCCGAUCGCAAUGGCGGGGAGCGGGGGCUUAUCAAAGUUUCGAUGGAGUAUCUCCUCAGAGUCCUCAACGCUUCAAGACCUCAACUCGUUGGAGCAUGAGCCCUACCAUUUGUCGUGUGGCUGCAAGAGCAAUCUAUUUUCGAUCCGAGUGUCCUGCAAUAUGCAAAGGAUGUCAAUUGACCUGCAUGCGAAGGAAUGCUUCAAAGUGCAACAGCAACAGCCAAUCCAAGCCAUUGGAUUCAUGCCAAUCAUCGGACCUGCAGAAGAGGCAGAGGUGGCACUCAACGUGCAUCCACCGUCAUGAUGUGCAUCUACUGCAUCUACAGCCAAUCCAUGCGAUUGCCAGUGGACCGGUAAAUCUGUGGAUGAGGCUGAGGUGGCCGACACAAGGAGCUGUUUGGGGAGAGUCCUUGGAAAGACAGCUGCUUACGGGCCCCAACAAAGUGUACCCUUGCCAAGGAUGGAGCUAUGACAUGGAGACUCGCACGAGGUCCUCAUGCAACACCAUCUGCAUGGCAAUGGCUGGACACAGUGCCAGCCAACUCUCAUCAGCUCUUUUCACAUUGGCAACAGCUUUUGUCGUUCCCUUUUACACUUUGAUGAUUGUUGCUCCACAGUGGAAAAUGGGUGAUCCAGAGUGCGAACAUGACACGUCAGCAGUGCCACGUCAGACACAGUGCCAUGUAAGCAGUGCCAUGUCAGACACAGUGCCACGUAAGCAGUGCCACGUUAGCAGUGCCACGUCGGACACAGUGCCACGUCAGCAGUGCCACGUCAGCAACAUGACGGGCCUGCCAGGCCAACUGGCCAAUGAGCCCGUUGCCGACUACAAGAAGCGUUUCCAGGCUCAGCUCGCUUCCAUCGAGUCUGAGGAACAACGCCAGCUGGCAUCCGCGGCUGCCCAACUACAGGCUGAAGAAGCGGCAACAGCAGAGAAGCUGCGGCUACAGGCCGAAGCAGACGCAGAUGCCCAGGCUCGCCGCAAGGAAGCCCAGGAUCUGCUGCAGCGGCAUGAAGCCAACAGCAUCGACAGACUCAAGUUCUGGCACUUUGAACCGAACGGCGACGAAGCAACACCGGAAGAGCAGCAUAAGGAGUUCAUGGCCAAGCUCGUGACCAGGUUGGUUUACACUUGUAACCACCUACAGUCCGAGUUGGCAAACCUCCAGCGGGCCGUGCGGAACCAUAGGACUCAGCACGAGGAUGCCACACGGGCACUGGACGCCCGUGUACAGGACUUGGAACAAGUUCCACCAAGACCAGAUGCUGGGGCUUCCAGCAGUGCACCCUCUAGCCGCCAACUGGAGGAACGCGUUGACCACGUAGUAGCAAUGCUAGGAGACAUAAGUGCCUUCGCAGCGCCGGCCACCAUCAACCAGCGGUUCGAGUUGCUGGACACCAAGAUCAGUCAGCAACAACAGACUGGCCACAGCCACAACAAGAGCUCGGCGAGGCCAUACAAGAUGCCGACGUUCCGGAUCGAGAAAUUUGAUGACUACACACAUCAAGACCCGGUCGUCUGGUGGCAAGGAUUUACAACGGAGUUGGGGAUUCACGAGGUCCCUGACUAUCUGUUCAUCAGUGCUCUGUUCAUCAACACCAAGGGAGUAUGUCAGAUCUUGCUCAGCCACAUGGCAACCAUCCACGGCGUCCAGGUUUCAGACCUGUACAAGAAGGUCUCCUGGGAGGAUAUGACAAAGGAAUGGAAGAAGCGGUUCAUCGUCAACGACGCCCCGACACUCGCCAUCAACCUCAUCUUCACGAUGGCUCAAGGGGACACACCGACACGUGACUGGCUCACGGAUUGGCAGAAGAUUGUGGCAACUCCCGAGAUUUGGACUUGCCAUUUCCGCAUCUGCGCCGUGAAGAUCAUCAACAAGGCGAGGGAGAUCAUCAAGACCAACAGGGCAGCUGCACACGAGAAGUCAACGCGGCAGCCAACCUAUGUGGAGAAGGUAAGAACUGGUCCGCGACAGCAGCAGUUCGCUGCAGUCCAGUCGGACAGUGGAGAAGACCCAGCAGCCACUCCAGCAUCACGUGAGGGAGAUCAGGUGGCUGCUGUCCAGCCGCGAAGCAACAACAAGUCCCAGGAAAAUGGGAAGGCGAAACCAGCAUCGCAGGCCGGAAAUGGACAGCCAGCACCACCAUGGGUCAAGUUCGGCUUGACCGAGCCCAAGUACAAGUACUGCGGCCCUUCGCCGUCAUCUACCGCCAGGGAUUCAAUGACAUGGUCAGGUCUUGAAGAACUCGACCCGUUGACCUUUGAGGACUUCCAAUGGAUGCCCCUGCCCCGGUCCGGUCGCUUGCCGAAACCGCAUUUCAAGGUGCUCAAAGCACAAUUGCAGGACUACUUGCACACUGCAGUACCGACUCCGUUGAUGGACGCCGGAGUAGAGGUUAUCGACCUUCACGCCUACAUUGCGAAGAUCGACCGCGAGUUCAAGACGCAACGGUACGACGACAUCGACGCACCAUUGCUAUAUGUACGCAUUCAGAUUGGAGAGGCGACCUGCAGCGCUUUGAUUGAUUGCGGAGCAUCUCGCAACUACAUGAGACAGGACUUCAUGGUACGCGCCGGCCUGGGCCCACGCGUCCGAAGGAAGUCCCAGCCCACGCAAGUCACAUUGGCAGACGGUCACACGCACAAGUCAAUCGACCGGUGCAUUGACAACGUCCCAGUGUACUUUGCCCCUCACGCAAGUGAGGCUGUGUCCUUUGACAUUUUGGACACCAAAUUCGACAUGAUCUUGGGCAUGUCAUGGCUGCGAAGCGAGGMCCMCCCGGUGAACUUCUACCGCCGCACCGUUCACGUUCGUGAUCGGAACGGAGUACUAGUCCCAUGCACGGUGGCUCCUCCUCACCCUUCUAUCAGCUGCCACGUGGUAUCUGCCGCAAGCAUGCGAGCAUCCAUCAUCAGAGACGACAUCGAGGAGAUGGGGGUGUGUUUUCUCCACGCCCUCCCGCCCCAUCACGCUUCAUCGACGGACUCAUCUUCGGAUCCACGCAUCACCGAACUUCUCGACGCCUACAGCGACGUGUUCGAAGGCCCGCACGGAGUAGUACCGGAUCGGCCCAUCCGCCACGAGAUCAUCCUCGAGGACGGGGCCGUACCUCUGCGCGGUUGCAUCUACCAAAUGAGUGAGGAAGAGUUAAGUGUGCUUCGGGCACAACUCGACGACCUUCUGGAGAAAGGCUGGAUUCGGCCUAGCUCAUCGCCAUACGGUGCUCCUGUUCUCUUCGUCCGGAAGAAGAACAAGGAUUUGCGGUCGUGCAUCGAUUAUCGCAAGCUCAACACGCAGACGAUCAGGAACGCCAGCCCUCUCCCACGCAUCGAUGACCUUUUCGAACGAUUGGGCGGCGCCAAGUUCUUCUCCAAGCUGGACCUCAAGUCGGGAUAUCACCAACUCGAGAUUCAGAAGGAAGACCGCUACAAGACCGCGUUUAAGAUGCGAUAUGGGCAUUUUGAAUGGCUGGUUAUGCCAUUUGGCCUUACGAAUGCCCCGACCACUUUCCAAGCGGCUAUGACAACGGAGUUCCGACACAUGCUGGAUCGAUACGUACUUGUCUACCUCGACGACAUCCUGGUGUACAGCCGGAGUUUGGAGGAGCAUGUGGAACACCUGCGCACCGUUUUGGAGCGGCUACGACAAGCCAAGUACAAAGCCAACCGCGAUAAGUGCGAAUUCGUGCGGCAGGAGCUGGAGUACUUGGGACAUUAUGUGACGCCGCAAGGCAUCCAUCCACUUGCGGACAAGAUCGAGGCCCUACGGGUAUGGCCCGAGCCCACCAACACCACGGACGUUCGUUCAUUCAUGGGAUUGGCGGGCUACUAUCAGCGAUUCAUCACCGGAUACUCGAGGAUUGCUGCACCUAUGACGAGAUUACAAUCACCAAAGGUGCCAUUCGUAUCCGAUGACGACGCACGCCGGUCAUUCCAAGCACUUAAGAUGGCUAUGCUCAUGGCACCCGUCCUUAGCAUCUAUGACCACACCCUGCCAACGAGAGUGACUACGGACGCUUCCGGCUAUGGCAUUGGGGCAGUCUUGGAACAGCACGACGGCGACGACUGGCACCCUGUGGAGUAUUUCAGCCACAAAGUGCCUCCCAUCAACUCGCUUGAUGAUGCAAGGAAGAAGGAGCUGCUCGCAUUCGUGAUGGCUCUCAAGCGCUGGCGGCACUUCCUCCGUGGGCGUCGUAGGUUCACAUGGGUUACGGACAACAAUCCAUUGACCUACUACAAGACGCAGGAUACGGUGAGCAGCACGAUCGGACGAUGGAUGUACUUCAUCGACCAGUUUGACUUCACACCGAAACAUCUUCCCGGCCUCUCAAAUCGCGCAGCAGAUGCACUCUCGCGAAGACCUGAUCUUUGCGCUAUAACACAUCAUGCCUUCGCAUUCGACGAGGAGCUUCAGCGACACUUCAUCCGGGCAUAUGAGUCUGGACUUUGCCACGCUAUAUGCACAGCUAUCUUCGGAUCACCCGCCGGCCAGCCACUAUCGCAUUGGCGACGGGUACUUGCUCCUCCACUCGAGAGGCAAGGACUUAUUGUGUGAGUCCGGCAUGAAGAUAAAACCAAGUUCGGCUCGGCAUCCACAAACGGACGGGCAAACGGAGUGGGCACAUCAAACCGCUCAAAUGAUGCUUCGUACGCCCGCCUCCCCGACAUCGAGUUCGCCUACAACACUUUGGUGCACCCGGCGAUCGGCGUGACUCCAUUCGAGUUGCACCACGGUGGACGGAAAGGUCGUAUCUUCGCCAACCUUCUCCUCCCUCGACCAGCCGACAUUGACGCCGCUUGCUCCCCCGCUUCCGUCCGGAAGUACAGGGAAUUGUUGACUCAAGCCCACGCGAACAUGCAAAAGGCUCAAGUCCGCAUGCAGCAGCAAGCCAAUAGGUGUCGCGUGCCAUGUCCCAUCGGCGCCGGUGAUCUGGUUUGGGUCUCCGCGGAAGAGUUUGCACUGGAACAGGAUGUUUCACGCAAGCUGCUUCCCAAGUGGUUUGGACCAUGGUCUGUGACAUCAGCCGCGGGUGAUGAGCCCGAUGGCCCUUCAUUUGUGAUCAACAUUCCCGAGCAUCUGACGGUCCAUCCAGUCUUUCACGCCUCGAAGCUGGCAACAUACACGCUAGCUAAGAGCGACGACUUUCCGGGCCGACGAUCGCAGGACCCUCCAUCUAUGGAUGGUCAUCAGGAGGUUGACCACAUCAUCUCGGAUCGCAAGUACGACAGCAAGCCGCGACAAUACAAAGUUACAUUCAGAGCAUGCGAUCCCGACGACACUCGGUGGAUUUCAGGAGCAGAUUUGAAAGCAUCCGCACCGCUGAUCUACGCUCACUAUGAACGUCAAAGGUUAGCCAAGGGACCCCCACGACCUGCCCCUCCCACCCGGACUGUGGUCCCUCCCUCAGACAGACAGCUUCGCCCGCGCAGAGUUGGGAGAGAUACUGGCGGAGGCCAGUGGUACUUACCUGUGGCGCCAUCGCUCCAGCUCCAUCUUCGAGGUACCUGCGUCAAGGCGCCAACUUCACAGACGCAAAAGGUAGUUGAGAGCUAUCUGCCGUAUGUUGUGCUAGGAGGACUCUAUGCCUACCUCCUAGCUCUCUCUUGGACACCUGAGACUUUGGGUCUAAUGUUUGCAAGCAAGUACUGGCUUCCAGAGCUCCCAGGGAUCACUCGUAUGUUCCAAAGUACAGUAACAGUGGCAUCUGCAUGGAUUCACCUCUUGGCUGUCGAUUUGUUUGCAGCAAGGCAUGUCUUUUUGGAUGGACUGAACAGUUGCAUUGAGACAAGACACACACUUGUAUUAUGCCUUAUGUUUGGCCCGAUUGGCAUCUUCUCGCACUUUGUCACCAAGGCAUUUACAAAGUUCUGGAGAGCUGCACGUUCAGAGAGCUUGGAGGAGAAGGCUGAAGGCCUGCUAAGCUGAAAUUAAAUUCGUCCGGAGACGUAUUAUUAUGCUGGCAGCAUGCCCUUCAAUUAACCAAAACAGCAGGAAAUUAAUAAUAAUGCAAUACUGUGGAAUUUCUAGGUGUUGCUGUGUAAAUGAGGUAAUUGUGCAAGUCUUUGUUUAUACAACGCCCUUUUUUUUUUUUUGUUGGGCGCACCCUCCUCGUGAUGGCUUAUUUACUGAAGCCUCUUCUGCAAUUUUUUUUUUUAAUUAAAAAAAAAAAAAAAAAUUGUACCAUUUGAACCAUUUCUCAAUUUGUGGAUGUGAUGCUUGAGGAGGUAUCAUGCCAAUCUUCUCUGUAUUGUGCCAAUUUAAACGG